ACAAUUCAUUUCCUAUCACUCAGCAAACCAAAUACAAUCUCAUCCCUCUAAGGAUCAAAAAAUUCUUUUUAUGAUCCUCCUUGCUUAUACUAAGAAAACAUGAUCAGCGCAAAGAAACUCAUCAAGAUGGCAAGGAAGUGGCAAAAGCUUGCUACCUUGAGCAGGAAAAGAAUUUUAUUUCCAAGAAAUAAUGAGGAUUUGGAUGCUGAAAGUACUUCUAAUUCAUCAUCAAUCGUUGAAAAAGGCCAUUUUGUUGUCUACACAGCAGAUCACAAGCGUUUUGUAAUGCCUUUAUCAUAUCUCAGCAGCAACAUAUUGAGAGAGCUCUUCAAGAUGUCUGAAGAGGAGUUUGGACUACCAAGUGACAGGCCUAUCACGCUGCCAUGUGACGCUAUCUUCAUGGAAUAUGUUGUGGCACUCAUCCGGCGAGGUGCAACAAAAGAUGUUGAGAAGGCAUUGCUUAAAUCCAUCAAUGCUGGUCGCUGUUCAUCAUCUUCUUCUUAUCAUCAAGGAUUUGCAAGCCUGCCAUUACUGGUUUAUGGCUACUAGAAAGAAUCAUGCUAAUUAGUUUUGGAUUUGGUCCACUCACUUGAGAUAGUUAUAGUCAUGUACAGUUGUACGUUCUUCAAUAUAAACCAGUUACUUGCUGGAAUGGAAUUACAAAAUUUCUAUCUAAGACCAAUUGAGGCAUUCUUAGA